AUGUGGGGGACCUUCGGGGACCACUGGGGAACGGGGACAUAUUUACUUAGACCCCCGCCCGCGGCCACUUCCCCGUCCAGACAGCAUAUAAAAGUUUUUUUCUUUUUGUUACAGAGAGGCUCAGACGAGCUUCUUUCGCAGAGUGGCGUCACCGUCAUGGCGCCCGCAGCUCCACACCAUGCUGACAAUAAUAACCAAGAUUCCGCCGCCAAAAAGGUGAAGCUUGAGCAAAAUGUCGGCAAGCCUUCAAGAGUUAUCCACAUACGGAAUAUACCAAACGAGACGACGGAAGCUGAGAUCAUACAGCUGGGUCUGCCAUUUGGGAGGGUUACCAAUGUUCUCGUGCUCAAAGGAAAAAAUCAGGCAUUCCUGGAAAUGGCGGAAGAAAUAUCUGCUGUAGCCAUGGUGGCAUACUUCGGUGGCUGCGUGGCUCAACUUCGUGGGCGAGCUGUUUACGUGCAGUUCUCUAACCAUAAGGAACUAAAAACAGACCAGACUCACAGCAACGCGUCUGCGUCAGCACAAGCGGCACUUCAAGCCGCUCAAGCCAUAUCUAACAGCGCUGGUGCAGCACUCGUAGCUGGCGCGGGCGCAGCGCUACAACCAGCCAACGGAGGAACCGAAAUACAGUGUGACCUACAGGGUGGCCCCAACACUGUGCUGCGCGUUAUAAUAGAACACAUGCUGUAUCCGAUAGUACUUGAUGUACUUUACUCGAUCUUUCAGCGAUACGGAAAGGUGCUCAAAAUUGUCACUUUCACUAAAAACAAUUCAUUUCAAGCCCUAAUCCAGUACCCAGACACCGGGUCAGCGCAAAUGGCGAAAACGGCUCUGGAUGGUCAGAACAUAUAUAACGGAUGCUGCACUCUUCGCAUUGACUACUCAAAGAUGACCUGCCUCAAUGUCAAGUAUAACAAUGAUAAGUCCCGAGACUACACUAACCCGACGCUUCCAUCAGGAGACGGGGACGCUCACCAGCUGUUGACCAGUGAGUUGAUGCCACUGCGGGCCCACCUCGCCCUGAACCUCGCAUCCAGGAUGAGCGGAGGGGUAUUGGCACCACCGUUCCUGGGUCUGGGAUCGGGGCUAGCUUCUCCCUAUGGAGUGGGAGUGGGGGGAGUGAGCCUUCCAGCGUUUGGAGCUCUCGCUUUGACUCCAGCAUCACCAGCGCUCCGAGCUCUUGCAGCUCCACCACUGCCGCUAGCUACAGUACUGCUGGUUUCAAAUCUCAACGAGGAGAUGGUCACGCCUGACGCUCUAUUUACCCUUUUCGGCGUGUACGGUGAUGUGCAACGGGUGAAGAUCCUCUACAAUAAAAAGGAUUCAGCUCUCAUCCAAAUGGCGGAGCCUCAUCAGGCACAUCUAGCCAUGACUCAUAUGGAUAAGCUUCGUGUGUUUGGUAAAGCGAUGCGCGUGAUGCUUAGCAAGCACCAGACCGUACAACUGCCCAAAGAGGGACAGCCAGAUGCAGGACUCACCAGGGACUAUUCCCAGAGCCCGCUCCAUAGAUUCAAGAAGCCCGGUAGCAAGAACUACCAGAACAUUUACCCUCCGAGCGCUACAUUACAUUUAUCCAACAUUCCAGCUACCGUUACUGAAGAUGACAUCAAGGAAGCGUUCACUAAACGAGGUUUCACCAUCAAGGCGUUUAAAUUCUUCCCGAAAGACCGCAAGAUGGCUCUGGUUCAACUGCCAUGCAUCGAUGAUGCUGUGGCUGCCCUCAUCAAGAUGCACAACCACCAGCUCUCGGAGUCCAACCACCUAAGGGUCUCCUUCUCCAAAUCAAGUAUUUAA